GCGCUGAACACACUCACUCACCGCACACUCGGCUUUCCGAAAAAGGAAUCCGGCGGGCGGGCAUUGAUUUGGUUUAGAGUCGCAGGCAUUCAAUCACAUCACCGCGAAAAUGGCGCCAUCAGGUGGUGCCUCCAAAAGGGACGACGAUGCCCGCAGUGGGCUUCUCAGCGACAACAACAACAACAGCGGCGGACGCGGCGACUCCAAAGCAGCAAUGACGGGUGUUGUGAACUACCACACCAUCAACAACAAUCGCUACGUUGACAGUCCCCGAUCAUCCGCAGACCUGACCUACCUCGAUCCCGAGCCCUUGUACGACUCCUCCGACAACGACGACACCAUGGGUUCCUCCUCCUCCUCCUCCUCCUCACCCAUCUUGGAGUCCCAGCAGCACCUUCCCCGGGCCAGACGUCAAGGAGGAGACCAAGAUGGCAGCCCCGACGACUCAGCCGACCUCCUAACCACCACCGAAUCCCGCUCCCUCACCCGCGGCCUCGCCCAGCGCCACCUCUCCAUGCUCGGCAUCGCCGGCUCCAUCGGCACCGGUUUGUUUCUAGGGCUAGGCGGGGCCGUCGCGCGUGGCGGCCCCCUCGGCGCCUUAUUGGGGUACUUUAUCAUCGGCCUGAUCGUGUGCGCGGUGCAGUUCGCUUUGGGGGAGGUGGCUUCCCUCUUACCCGUCACGGGCAGUUUUGUAAGGCAUGCAGAGUUUCUGGUCGAUCCGGCGUGGGGAUUCGCGAUUGGCUGGAAUCUGGUGUAUGGAAAUGUUUUGUCUAUACCGAGUGAGAUCACGGCGAUUUGUGUCUUGUUUGAGUAUUGGACUGAAGGCCGCAUAAGUCCGGCGGUGUUUAUCGUUUUCUUUGUGGUGGUUACGGUCGGGAUGGGGAUGGCGCUGGUGAGGGUGUUUGGGGAGGUGGAGUUUGUUUUUGCUUUACUAAAAGUGGUGUUGGUGGUGUUUUUGAUUGUGCUGGGACUGGUGAUUGAUUUGGGCGGGAUCCCGGGCACGGAGAGGAUCGGGUUUAGGUAUUGGAAGAGUCCGGGGCCGUUUGUGGAGUAUAUUGCCACGGGGGAUUGGGGGAGGUUUUUGGGGUUUUGGAGCGUCAUGACCGGCGCGGUGUUCUCGUUUGCGGGCGUGGAGAGUCUGGCGAUGGCGGCGGCGGAGACGAGGAAUCCGCGGAAGGCGAUACCCAGGGCUUGCAAGCGCGUGUUUGCGAGGGUGGUGUUGUUUUAUAUGCUGGCGGUGCUGGUGGUGGGGAUGUUGGUGGCGAGCGAUGAUCCGAGGCUGGAUGGCAGCGGGGAUAGUGUUGCUCAAAGCCCGUUCGUGAUCGCGGCUUCGGCGGCGGGCAUCAAGGCGAUUCCGUCGGUGGUGAACGCCAUUGUGAUCACUUCGGCGUGGUCGGCGUCUAACCAGAGCUUGUUGGCGGGCACGAGGGUGUUGUAUGGGCUGGCGCUCAAGGGACAGGCACCCAAGAUCUUCUUGCGGACCACGUCGUGGGGGACACCCUACAUGUGCGUACUUCUGUUUGGAGUCUUCAUGUCUCUCAGCUUUAUGAGCCUGUCGGAGCGCGCUAUCAACGUGUUCUGGUGGUUGGUACGCUUGACAUCGGCGGGAGUGUUGGUGUCUUGGUCAUCCAUCUUGGUGAAUCACAUUCGCUUGAGAAAGGCGAUGGACAGGCAAGGCAUCGCAUAUACGAGGCUGCCAUGGUCCAGCUGGUGGACUGUCUACAGCUCACCCGUAGCCCUUUUCAUGUGCAUCAUCAUUCUCCUGACAGGAGGUUUCAGCGUCUUUACCAAGGGUAACUGGGAUGCCGCCACGUUUGUCUCUUCUUACUUGGAUAUUCCGAUCGUCCUCAUCGCCUAUCUGGCUUGGAAGUUGUACAAAAAGACCAAGGUCGUGUCACUCGACGAUAUACCCCUCGAUAUUGCCUUUAAGCAAGCCGAAGACGCCAUUUUCGAGGAACCCGAAGAAGGCAAGACAAAAGGGUGGGUACGAGCUGUUAGUUGGAUAUGGGAUUAGAAGAGGCGUUUACGGCUUGGUACGUUCACGCAACGCUACGAUACCGAUGAUGACGAUGACUUAUGCAUUUACACAGCCACAAUAUAGAAUUAUGCAUCUUGACAUUUUCAUCCCUCCUUCAAAGAUUCUUACCGUGUGCUAAUAAAGUAUCUGCAGCAGGUGGGUAUGUAAUUUGGCUUUUUCCGGAGGCCAACGCGGGUGAAUAUGGAUAAUUAACAAAACCACUUUAUUCUACAGGCGGCAUCCAUUGGACCAUCAACACGGCACCGGCCCCGGCUACCAGUCCUAUAGCGAAUACAUUGUGCAUUAUUCGGGACGGCAUAUCA